AUGGCUGGAAACAACUCCAAAAAGACCACCGAAAGAAGAGAUUCCUCUGUAUAUAAACAACAACAGCAACAACAGCGAAAGAACUCUGCAGGUGGAGCUGGAGCAAAGAAAGAUACAGCAGUGCACCAUCAGAGCAACACCAACACCAACAAAAUCCUUAAUCCAAAAGCGCAACAAGCAGCAGGCGCAGCUAUUCUAUCCGCUGUUACUUCACCACAACCCUCUGGGCUAGUCCAACCACAACAGCAAUCAGUCGGCGCCAAUGGAUUCAACAGAGGAGAGCUUGUAGAGUUUUUAAAUAUGCGCUUUUCUGAUGCAUUGACGGCUUAUCAAAAUACCAAUUUAGACCCCAAGAUGAGACCUGAGAAAUACGAAAGUGUUAAACCUACAACGACAUCCGCUUGGGGCAAGAACAGCAAUGGCGUUCCAUCAGCUUGGGGUCAGCAGCAACCUCAACCACAAUCGCAAGCGAAAGAUUCAAAUGGUGUUAUGGCAAAUGGGUUUGAUUUCUUGAAUGAAUGGAAUAAAAAGUUCUAA